UAAAAUUUUAAUUAGCUUGAUAUAAUCUCUUUAAUUUGUAUAUCGAACCUAUUAAUAACAUGGAAUUCGCCUAUAUAUAACUAAGAUGAAUGAUUAUAUGACUAAAUUUUCAUCACCUUUUAAUAACACAAUAAAUCAAUUAAAACUCUAUGGUGCAAAUAUAAAUUUACAUUCAAAAAGCUUAACUCCGGAAAGUCAUUACCAAGCACUAUGUAAAUCUCAAAUAGACCCCGAAGAAGUGUUUUAUAAAAAAAAUCAGGCCAAACGAAGGCUUGUAUUGGGAGAGGAUGUUGAAUGCACACCAAGCAAAUGUAGGAAAAAUUCCUUUUCUAGCCCUGACCAAUGUUUUAGUAAUACACCUGAUAAGGUGAGAUAUUACACUUCAUUGGGCAUGUUGACCAAAAAAUUUGUUGCACUUUUCAAAGAAUCUCCUGAUGGUAUCAUUGAUUUGAAUAGAGCUGCAGAAGUUUUAGAAGUUCAAAAAAGAAGAAUUUAUGACAUCACUAAUGUUUUAGAAGGCAUUAAUCUUGUAGAAAAAAAUUCCAAAAAUAAUGUCAAAUGGAUUGGUUCAUCCUUGAUUUCAAAUAAUAAUAUAGAGGAACAAGACUUGUGCAAAUCUUUAAAUCUACAAAAAGACAUUUUAGAACUUGAUAAAAUGGAAAAGGAAAUUGAUGGCUUGAUAAAUGCAGCAAAUGUGCAAUUAAAAAUUUUAAAUGAAGAUCCCUUAAAUCAACCACUCUUAUACAUAACUUAUAAAGAUAUAAGAGAUUUAUCAUGUUUUAAAAACAGAUUAAUUAUGGCAAUAAAAGCUCCAUCAAAAACUGACCUAAUUGUUACAUCAGAUCAAAAAUCAGGACAUCAAGCCUGGCUUAAAAGUCCAGAAGGGGAAAUAGAAGUUUAUCUAUGCACAAAUGAAGAGGAACAACUCAAAUCAUUUUCUCCUAUAAAAAGCAAUCCUGUUAAUGCUCAAAUUUUAAAUGAUAUCUGUGAUCAAAAUGAUAACAAAAUUAUCGAACCAGAUAAUAAAAUCAGUCCUAUUAACUCAAGAUUUACUAAUUGCUACUCUCCUUUAUCGAUUGAACCUCCCCUGUUGGAAGGGGAUUAUACAUUCUUAUUGGACUAUGACGAAUUUGGUGAUCUAUUCAAUAAUAACUUUUGAUUAAUAAAUCGUUAUAAAUUAUUACCCAACACAAUAAGUUUUUUAAUCAGGGAUCCUUUAAAAAAAAUAUUAUAAUGAAAUACUUCAUUUAUCUCUUAUGU